UUACAAAAGAAUAAAAAAAAGAUUGAACGCUAUUUUCAUCCGUAUUUAGCAGUAACCCAUUAGGGUUUUUUAUUAUACUGCAACAGCCGAUCAUGACUUAUUCUGAUUCGGAGGACGAAGAAUUAAACGAUGAACUUCGCCGCUAUAAUGAAUAUGUAGCCGAGAGUGACGGUUUUGAUGUUCCUGAUUUUGUUCCGAAAGGCAGUUUUAUCGGCGGAAUAAUCCGUCGUCUUGAUCUCUCACAUCCUCACGAAUUGGAAAACAUAAUUAUCUGCGCAAAAUUUGCUAUCAAACACUACAACCAUCUACCGGAGAAUAAUGAGAAGAAGUUGAAGUUAGUGAAGGUUGUGAAGGCAACGGGAAAUUAUCCAAAUUAUUACAUAACCUUAAAGGCUAGAGAUGAUUCUGGCUUUGUUUCACUCUACGAAACUGCAGUGUUUCGUAUGCUUCAUGACAAUAAACGCUCGGUGUCCUUAUUCAGGCCAAAGCGGAAAACAAUAAGUAAAAGUUGAAGCAAUGAAUCAGUGAAUCCACUCUUUCUUCAACACUUCGGCGUGUGUUUCCAUAUUUAGACUACCUUUAGGUGUAAAUUUGAAAUGCCAAUGAUAUUUGGGUUACUUAGCCAAUUUUUGUAAACAUUUAGGUGUAAACAUUUAAACAUCAUUUUGAGACUUAGAAGUUAUUAAACUUCCAUUGCCCAUUAAACAUAUAUUGACACUAAGUCCUUCAUUAAAUUAAAAGAUAAUUUACCUAAAAAA